GAGCGCCCUUCCCUGUGUGAAGGGCCGCUCUUCGCUCCCGCAUGUUGUGCGCCUUGUGAUGUUUAAUGGUGAGCCUCUGCCCGAUGCGGGACUCCUCUUCAACUUCUUCUAUAGGCCUCCCCCUCCUCCCUUUGGCCCCUUUGGCGUAGCCGUUGGCCCUCCUCAAGCGCCACCCCAGCAGCAGCAAGGUCCUCAGCACCAGCACCAGCAGCCGGCUAACCCGCCGCACCAGAAUGCACACAUGGCUGCGAUGGCUGGUGCUGCCGGACGGGGCGCUCCCGUUGCGGGGCGUGGAGCUGGGCGGGGAGGAAGGCGGAGGACGCUGCAGUUCUCACCUGUAGACCCAAACCUAGCUGAUGCACUUGACAAGAGUACGGACGGACACGGCGCACACAGAGGGGUUGAGGGAGGGGGAUGCACGUCACUGCACACUUGCAUGCAAUGGUUUGAUGUGUGUGUGUGUGUGUGUUGCAGUGGAGGAGGAUGCGUUCCCCGGUGAGAUGUUGCGUUGCCCCAUCACGCUGCAGCCCUUUAAGAAACCCGUCAUCACCCCAAGCGGCAACACAUACGAGUAAUCGGCCAUCCAUCCGUUCAUCAGUUAAUGGUGUGUCGAUGCAUGUGUGUGGAUGUGUGGAUGUGUGUGUGCAGGUACAGUCCUCUGAAGGCCAUGAUUCGCGAGCAGGGUGCGGCGGUCGUGUCGCCGCAGACCCGCCAGCCGCUGCGCGAGGAGGACCUCCGCCCCAACCGGUUCGCCAUCGACCUCAUAGAGCAGUGCGCCAAACAUGCAUGUCAUGAUUCAUCACCCAAUGCUCACACGCAAAGAAGAGGGAGCCGUUUGUCAGACACUCAUGCGUGUGUUAUGUGUGUAUGCCUCUGUAUCUCAGAGUGUGAAGCAGCAGCAGCUGAUCGCAGAGCUGGAGGCCGCCAAGGCGAAGGCGGCUAAGGAGGCUAAGGAGGCUGCAGCUGCUUCGAGUGCGGCUGCUGCUGCUGCAGCUGCACCAGCAGGCGGGGCGCCGUCGAAGGGACCCAUUAGAAUGGGCGGAAUUGAAUUCGACCCCGAUCGUAAGCCGACCUCCCGCUCCAACACAAAGAACAAAGGGUGGCCUCUUUGUGGUUGUGUGAUGCUUCAGUCUUCGAUGUGGAGGAUGACGAGGAGCUGGGCCGGGAGCUAUUUGGCCGGGAGGUGCGUCGAGGGGGCCUGAGUGAGCUGUGGGACGGGUAUAAGGACAGCAUUGUGACCAAGUAUCAAGACCUCGAGGCCGACCACAAGAUCGUAGACUCGGUGAGAGAAGAGAUGAAUGGAAUGGAAUGCACACACAGACGACGGAGACAGAGCAACACGGGUGGCAUGGCCCCCAUUGCCCUGAGGUCUGUGUGUGUGUGGAUGGUUCUCGCGCCUGUGUGUCAGUUCUUCGGCGACAAGCGCAUGGACCAGCGCGACGUGAUCAAAUGGCACGAGGCGCAGACCAGGAAACACAGCAAAAUGAAAAUCGAGGUAUGCCAUCCAUCCAUCCAUCCAUUGAUCCACACCCCAAACACCCACACCUCUUUCCCCGUGCGCCUGCAUAUUUUGAUGGUUCAAUCCCUUCAGCUCAAGCGCUGCCGCGAGUUGCUCUCCCGCGGCUUCGAGCAGCUAAUGGUGGACUGGCUCAACGACUACGUGCGCAAGAGGCAGGAGGAGGAGGCCGAGCAGCAGGCAGCCGCAGCGCCGCCACCCCCGCCCCCGCCCCGGCCCCCAGCCCCCGCCCCUCGCACACACCCGACCAUCCUGGACGUGCAAAACUACCAGCCCUCACAAGUGACAGAGCUACACAUCGGUACGAGUGGGCGGGGAGGAGAGGGAGAGAGGGACGGUUGGGUGGAUGGCGGAGUGUCUGUGCGUGUGUCGAUCCGUUCUGCGUGUGUGCGUGUGCAGAGACAUGGUGGGUGAUGAUCGGCUUUAGCGAUGAGGCUGACCUGUCGUUCCAGCACUUUGCUGAGGAGUUGGGCGCCACGGAGGUGCCGGUCAUCCACCUGGCGUAUGCCAAGGUGCUGCAGGGGUGGGUCACCGCGAACAUGUCGCAAAACUCCACUAGCAUCGCCCAAGAGGUAGGCGGCGACAACACGCAACACAUCCAUCAAACCAUCCAUCCCACCAUGUGUCUGUGUGUCGGCACGCCAGUCGCUCAAGUCGGCUCUGGUGCCGUUCGAUCUCAUUCGUGCCGUGGAAAUCAUAGCUUCUCUGGCCGCUCUGGUGGGGCAGUCCCGGACCUUCCAGCUCAUGAGACCGUCGCUCGACGCCCUGCCGCCGGAGAGCAUCCGGUCGCUCGCGCAUCUUCUUCGCACGCACGCCCCGCAGUACGCGGCUCUCAUAGCUUACGUACGUAAGCGGGCGGGCGCCUCCCACACACAAAGACAAAGACAAAGAAUGCAAGAAGAUCUCCUACUCCUCUGUCUGUCUCCUUCUCAGCUGGCUGAUGAGGUGUUUCUGCCCGGUGAUGCUGAGGAUCCCCACCAGGCUCCAGCAGCUGCAGCAGCAGCUGCGGCAGCUGCUGCGGCCCCGGCUCAGGCAUCCCCUGUCCAACCCCCUCCUCAGACCCACACCAACACCCACACCAACACCCAGGCCGCCGCCGCGAAGAGGCGCAAGGUGACGCGUCGCGUCAUCAACACAUUUGACGCGUAUCUCGUGCUGGAUGCCUUCUCCGCCAUCUUCACGCGGCACUUCCAGACCUGACAGACAGCUGGCGUGUUGAAGGUGAGAAGGGAAAGGCCACAACAAGAAGGGAAAGGUGCCUGUUGUGGAUUGUUGUUGUGUCUCGGUCAGGAAGGCGGUCUGUUAGCGAGUGUUGGCUGGUUGGCUGCGGCGGCUGCUGUGGGUGUGUGCUGUAUGCUGGAUGCGCUGCCGUGCUGAUGUGAUGACUCGACGGACUGACUGGCUGAAUCGAUGACGUGGGUGGGUGGAUGGAUGGAUGGAUGGCCGGCUGCGUGACUGUAUAUUAGGAGGCGUAUGCGAUGAAUGGAUGGAUCGAUGGUCGAGACAUGCGCAAGUCUGUCUGUCUGGCUGAUUGAGGGGCGGGCCGAGACAGACACACGUAUAUCGGUGUCGAUAAAUCAAGGCACGAUUGAAUGGAG